CCUCCGCACCGGAGGGGAGCGAAGUAAACGUCGCCGUUCUUGUUGCGUCCCGCCCCGCCCUUCCCGAGCUCUUUUCUCCCGGGGGGGUCAUGGCGGGCAACCUGCGGCAGUUCGCAUUCGUGGGCACGGCGGUUGUCGUUACCGGUGGGGUCGCCUACGCCCUUUGGCGCAAUUACCUCUCCACCCAAGAGCCUCCGGGACGCGAAGAUCAGCAGUCUCGGCUCCGGCUUGGGGUGCAAGAAGGAGGCACAGGCCCGCCGGCGGGACAGGAUAAACCAUCCAACAAGCAAAUAUUGGUUCUAGGCUUAGAUGGAGCUGGAAAAACCAGUGUUCUCUAUUCACUAGCGACUAACCAUGUAAACCGCAACACAGUUCCCACCAAAGGUUUCAACGCAGUGUGUAUCAACACAGAAGAAACAAAGAUGGAAUUCCUAGAAAUUGGGGGAAGUGAGUCUUUAAGAGAGUAUUGGAAGAUGUAUAUGCCAAGAGUCCUGCUGCUGAUCUAUGUUGUAGACUCAGCAGAUCAUGAACGCUUCCCAGUUGCAAAAACACUUCUUCAUCAGUUGGUCCAGAAUAAUUCUACGUUACCAAUAAUGAUUCUAGCCAAUAAGCAGGAUCUUGCAGACGCAUAUUGUAUCACAGACAUUCAUGACGCUUUGGCUUUAUCUGAAAUUGGAGAUGAAAGGAAGAUAUUUCUGAUUGGUACACAUGUGGCAAAGGAGGGCGUAGAGAUCUCUUCUGGCUUGAAAGAUACCCGGGAACUGAUUACACAGCUGGUGUCAGAAAUUCUGUGAUAACGAGACGCAAUGGAAUGCCAUAAUAGGACAUGCAAUAGCAACGAUGAGUAGCGUCUCUUCUAAUCUUGGUGGCGAUCAAACCCUAGAUACAGAAUUGCUAUGAAAAUGGUUUUGAAAUGGAAAGAAAGGAUGUUUUGUUUAGAAGUGCUUUAGCAGAAAAGGCCAGUACGCUCUGAGAGCCCAACAUUUCUACAUAUAAUAUGUAUUUCUCUGAAACUUAUUUCUUUUUCUAGGUUAUUUCAUAUUUUAUCACUCCUUCAAUUUAAAUGCAUAUUUCUGUGUCAGCUUUCCUUUAAUAUAUAUAUAUACUAUUAUGCAGAUUUCAGAGGAGGCCAGAGUUGCUACCCUGGCUAAAUACUGAUUAGCUCUUAUAUACAGGGCAUAGAGAAAAGAUUAUACCUUAUGAGUGUUUUAGGGACUAGACAUUUCAUGUUUAAUUAACUGUAGAGGUUAUAAAUUAUUUUCUUACUUGAGAAAAAUUUAAUGGAAAACCUAUAUAGAGAUAUACCUAUUCCUGAUCUUUCCUUGGGACACUCCAAGGAAGAAUAAUUAAGCAGAACUACUUCAUAGUUUUCUUAGUAUUAUCUCAGUUUUGUUCAUUAACAGUAUUGCUGAAUUCAAUCCUGAAAUUAAAAAAAAUAGGAUAUAGUAUUGAUACUUUGGACUUUGAUGUUCGAGGAGACCUCUGGAAAUACGAUUAGGUAAGAAAAAAACAUGGAUUACAGAAAAAUCUAGAGCCCUCACUUGAGGCACAAAUGACCAAAUUCAAAUUAUAUUUUAAACAUAAGAUGGACCAUUGAGAAGUCUAUAAUGCUGGGAAAUGUUGAGAAAAAAGAAGAGGAUAAUUGGCAGCAAAAAUGAUGGACUUGAUUACAGAAGUAAUGGGGCACCAUUGGAAGGUCUGAAUGUUAGGGACAGAAAACAUCCUGGAGAAAGUCUAGGAGAUAUAAACAUCUUAAUCUCCACUACCUGUAAACUGCAUGUCCACAUUUCACCAGCUUUAGUGUGUGUUUAGUUAGCAUCUCCUUUAAAAUUUGGUUCUACCAAUUUCUUCACUAAUGUUUUUCUACUGUUUAAUCCCUCAAAAUCGUAUUUCUAAAAUCAAGAGAAAUGAGACCUUUUUCAAAACUGGCUUUUCAAUCAAAUGAUCAAAUUCCAAGACCAGUAUUAAUAAUAGUAGGAGUUUGUAAUGGUAGCAUAGGAGCCAAUAAUGAGACUGUGCUCCAGCAUUUUAACAUCCCGGACUUCUGCCUAAUCGGGUUGGUUCAUUGGAAAUCUAAAGAUAAAAACAUUGAGAUGGAGAAUGAGUGAGAGUUGAUAUGAGAAUGAAUAGAGAGGGGUUUGCUUCAAUUGAUAAAAGUUUGCCCUGAAGGUCUUCAGUAGAUCUACUCCAGGUAUUAGGGUAAACUCACCUUUUAGGGUUCCAGAGGAACUUCUGUUAUAGAGUUCAUGCUGAUUUCUGAAGAUUCAGUCCCUUACUGUUUAAAUUUUAGUAUUAACUUGACAGUAAUCACUUAUCAUUAAUAGACUCCUUUUCCUUGAGUCUACAGAAUGAAGACAACUGCCCCUCCAUCUUGCCCCAUCUGCUUUGUCGCUCAUCUGAUAGGUACCAGACAAUACAGUCUAGUACAGUGUUUCUCAAAGUGUGAAUCUUUCAGGAGUCUGCAAAAUCAAAAUUAUGUGCCAGCUUAUGUAGAAAAUCAAUACACUAUUAAAAUGCCAUCAAAUGAAAGGAAGCAGUUAACAGUAGCACAUGUCAAUUUUAAUUUUUAAUACAGUAAAUGUUAAUGAAUGUAACCUGUGCAAGUAACAGCUAUUUUGGGGUUCUUUGUAAGUUUUGAAAGUGGGAAGGAAUCCUGGGGAAAAAUAAGUAAGAAACACUACUAAAAUGCUGCAACCUAAUUUCUUAAAUUGUAGAUCAAGCAUUUGAAACAAAUCAUUGGUACAAUCAAGGAUAUUUCUAACAUUUUUUGCCACUGUUCAAAAAAGUGACUGAUUUACUGCCUAAAUCUGAUUUACUGAUUUACUGCCUAAACUGCCUAAUCGAACUCCAACCCAUUGUUCAAAUAAACAGCCCAAAUCUUGGUUUGUAAGAAUUGUGUUCGAGUGAAGGCUAUACUAACCCAGUUUAUAGAAGUGCUCUGUUCGGCAGAGAUUCUCCCUCUCAUGAAACAUUUCGGGUAAUAAAAGAAUGGUAAAGAAAAAUUCCUUAGAGAGAAAAGACAAUACUAUGCCUUAAUGAGAUAGAGUUUCAACAGGCAGUAACAAAUAAGGAUGAUUAUUCUGGCAUCUAGCACUGAUCCCAUUGCUAACAAGUUCAUAUUUUUAGAAUUCAGACAAAAUAUUUUGGUAACUUACUCUGCACCGUUUGGUGGUAAUUCUUUUGGCUCACCAUAUCUGAUCCAUACCCAGAUUGGUCCCCAGAUUCACACAAACAGAGAUCUAAAACUGAUUUUCUUGGUUUAAAAAUGGUACACCCCAGGUAAAAAUAGGAUUAUACCAGAAUGGUUGAAAACAAAUCCUUAUUGUUGGGUCUCUGUGUUAGUCUUCCUACUUACUGCCAUUAAUAAUUCUUCACCCCAAAGAAUUAGUUAAUUCUAUCACUUAUUACACAAGUAAUAGGGCCUCUGGGGGGGUGGGAAAGGCAGUUUUUGCCCUCCCCAGACUCAUAGAGAGGCUCUGGAGCCAGGUGAGAGAGAAAAAUGGGCCUUCCCCACCACCAUGCAGGCCCAGCCUGUUUCCCUACUUCUGGUGGGCCCAGAAGGCCCGAAAAUCAGUUUGCUGGUGCGCGCAUGCAUGCUGGAGCUGAGUUUGCAUACACACUGAUACGGCUACAUGUGCCACCUGUUCGCCAUCACGGCUCUAGGCAGAUCCGACUGUAACAACCCAUGUCUGGACUAUGCCACAGCCUCACUGAAGAAUCUGCUCUGGGCUGACGUCAAUAAACGGGUUAUUUAUACAGGGUUUACAAAUUUAAACCUUUGAUUAACAAGGACAAUUCUGGCCCUCCAUUGCUGUGGUUAAGGAAAUCAUUGUGGUCGUUAAGCAAGGACAUCAAGUGGUUGCCAUUUGUAACCUGCCAGGUUCUCCAUUGACUUUGUCGGAAAUUAGCAAAUAAAGUUGCAAGUGCUGACCGCCUGAGUGCAGGAUGCUAACAUGGGAGGAAUUCCAGGACUAGGCAAAAGCACCACUGUUCAAAUGAGUGGUUGCUAAGUAGGAAGCACCUUAAAUAUCCAUUAGACUACCAAUUUGUUCCAUUUGUAACAUAGCUUGGUUCCACAAGCUAUAAGCUCACAGUGACAUUUUAUUCUAGUUCUACAAAAAUAUUAACAAUUUUGAUUUGAUUUUAGGCUUAGCUGGCUGAUAUAUUUUAGAUAGCUCAUAUGGCUCUUAUCUCCUAUUUUUAUAUUGUAUUAUAUCAUUUAUUUGCCAUGCUGUGUCAUGGCUUUGUAUUUCUGUUUGUUACAUUGAUUGGUCAUUUAAUAAUACUAGUAGUCUUAAUAUAAAUUCCUUGAAGAAUUGAUUGUGUCUUGCAAAGUUUAAGUACCCCAUAUAACAUUGAGAUAGUGUCUUUAUUUUUCUUACAUUAUAUGUCUUGUUUUUAUUGUUGUAAUAACUUUAUAGUCCACUCAGAAAACUUGUGGUCAAAGCUUUUUGUGAAAAGAUGAAUCUGGCUUUGUACUUACAAGGUCUCGGCCAAUUCAGAUGCAAUACCAAGCACCUUCUUUUGCCGAUUUUCACAUAACCAGCUGUCACUUUUAAAUCAUCAGCCAGAAUGACCCAAGAGGUCAAAACCCGAUCUUCAAAAAUAGGUUGUCAUCUUUUAAAAUAGCAUGGUAAUGUUUUAAAACAGUUCAUCCACCCAAUUUUCUGUCUUAAGACUGCAAGCCUGGAUAUUUCAGUGUAAAAGUGUGCCCCUAUGAAUUGGAGGUGGGGCAAUUAAUGGGAAACGGUUCCUAUGAAAUAUUAACGGUGGAGUAAGGGUGGUGUUAUCCUCUCAUUCUUUGAUGGCUUUGCCUGGAGAAGCCUGGUGGCUCCUGUGAUCUAAUCCCAUUCAGUAUCAUUGCAAUUUUCAGCAUAGAGGUACUUCUAUCAAUGCAAUAAAAUUCUUUUAAGAAAUAUUUGGUGAUGGUGAUAGUGCCAGGUUAGAUUGACA